AUGGUUUUAGACUUAGAUUUAUUUCGUUCGGACAAAGGAGGUAACGUAGAUAAGGUGAAAGAAAAUCAACAAAAGCGUUUUAAAAAUGUUGCCUUGGUUGAAGAGGUUAUCAGCUGUGAUACUAAAUGGCGAGAAGCAAGACAUGUGGCGGAUAAUUUAAACAAGAUUAAAAACCUUUGCAGUAAAGCAAUAGGAGAAAAAAUGAAAAAUAAAGAAUCUCCCGGUGGUGGCGAUGCCGUGCCCGAGAGCAUUUUGCAAAAAUUGAGUUUGCUUACGUUAGAUGAUGUAAAACCUUUAACUGUCAAUCAAAUUAAAUUAAUAAGAGAAGCAGUCGAUAAAAAAACGGAAGAAAAUAAUGAUGAAAUGAGUAGAUUAGAAAAGCAAAGAAACUCGGCUCUCAGGGAGGUAGGUAACCAUUUACAUUCCUCCGUCCCAAUAAGUAAUGACGAAGACGAAAACAAAGUUGAAAGAACUUUUGGAGAUUGCUCUACGAAAAAAAAAUACUCUCAUGUCGACCUUAUUCACAUGAUUGAUGGAAUGGAUGGUGAUAGAGGUGCAAACAUAUCUGGUGGAAGAGGAUAUUAUCUUAAAGGAGCAGCUGUUUUUCUGCAACAUGCUUUGAUUCAAUUAUCAUUGAAAAUGUUACUUAAAAAAGGCUUUCAACCCUUGUACACUCCCUUUUUUAUGAAAAAAGAAGUGAUGCAAGAAGUUGCUCAAUUAAGUCAGUUUGAUGAAGAACUCUAUAAAGUAACUGGUAAAGGCAGCGAAAAAGGAGGAGUAGAAGAAAAAUAUUUAAUUGCAACAUCCGAACAACCAAUAGCUGCUUUUCACAGAGAUGAGUGGAUUCCUGAAAAUAAUCUUCCGAUAAAGUAUGCAGGAAUUUCAACUUGUUUCAGACAAGAAGUUGGUUCCCAUGGCAGAGAUACUAGAGGAAUUUUCAGAGUUCACCAAUUUGAAAAAGUUGAACAAUUUGUUUUGACAUCUCCUCAUGACAACAAGUCUUGGGAAAUGAUGGACGAAAUGAUUGGCAAUGCUGAAGAAUUUUGUCAGAGUUUGGGAAUCCCAUACAGAGUAGUGAAUAUAGUAUCUGGUGCUCUUAAUCAUGCUGCAUCUAAAAAGCUCGACUUGGAAGCUUGGUUUCCUGGAUCAGAAGCAUUUAGAGAGUUGGUUUCUUGCAGUAAUUGUUUGGAUUAUCAAGCAAGAAGGCUUUUAGUUCGAUAUGGGCAAACUAAAAAAAUGAAUGCCGCUACUGAAUAUGUACAUAUGUUAAAUGCAACAAUGUGUGCCGUCACCAGAGUUAUAUGUGCAGUUUUAGAAGUACAUCAAGGUGAAGAAGGAAUAACAGUGCCAACUGUUUUAAAAGAAUUUAUGCCUGAACCUUAUAAAAAUAUAAUUCCAUUUAUUUCAAGCGGGCAAGCCAGUAAUGGAAAUGAUUCAUCUGGAAUCUAUGGAACAUUAUCAUUCAUUACCUAA